ACCUUUUAUAUCAGAUUAUUUAAGUGUUCCUUUUCUUUUCGAGAUCGAAUUUUGACUAUUGAUUGUCAUCCUCGAUCACAUUUUUGUGUGCAAAUUGACAAAAUAUUUUCAAUUAUCUCUGUAAUCCUAUCAAUUUUCUUGUCAAAAGUCAAAUUUAAGCGGCAAAAGUAGUGUCAAUUAUUUAGGAACGAAGGUGAACCUCAAAUUCAUGGCUGAGUCUGCUAGCAAUACAACAAAAGAGCUCAUUCGAAUCGAUAUCAGUUCAGAUAAUCUAUGUCCUUGGUGCUAUGUGGGCAAAAUUAAUCUGGAUAAAGCUAUUGCAGCAUCAAAAGAUCAAUUCGAUAUUGAGAUACAUUGGCACCCGUAUUUCCUCGAGCCUUCUGCUCCGAAAGAAGGUGUGAACAAGAGGGAUUUCUAUAAAAGGAAGUUUGGUUCUCGGUACGAGCAAAUCAUAGAUCACACAGUUCAGGCAUAUAAGAGCCUUGGCCUGGACUAUAACAUGGACGGGUUAACCCACAGGCUCAUAUAUUUUGCAGGAAAACAAGAACUUGAUAAAAAACACGAUCUUGUUGAGGAGCUUUUUCGCGGAUACAUGACACAGGGAAGAUAUAUAGGUGACCGGGAGUUCUUGGUGGAAUGUGCUGAGAAGGUUGGUGUAGAAGGAGCAGCCGAGUUUCUUGAGGAUCCAAACAAUGGCCUGAAGGAGGUGAAUGAAGAUUUCGAAAAAUAUUCAGCACACCUUGGUGGUGUUCCCUACUAUGUGAUCAAUGGCAAGCACAAGUUCAGUGGUGGGCUGCCGCCGGAAGGCUUCCUUUGCGCCUUUCAAGUUGCUACUAAGUAAUGCCAUGAAUUCUUAAAACACACCAUUUGUACGAGUAUUUGAUCCACUGUAUUUGAAUUUGUACAUUUUCUUUUGGAAAUUAUGAACUAAAAAUUGUGUAAUCACUAUGAUAUAGUACUAUAAUAAUGGUGCCUUUUAGCAUGGUUGGAUCUA